UCACAACUAAAAUAAACGAGGAAUCUCAGGCAUAUAUACUCGGCUGUAACUAUUAUUUAAAAUAGCAAUUUUUUAAUUCAUAAAUCUGAUCAUGAAUAAAAGCAAAAUGUAUUCUACCGUCAAUAAGAGUGUUUUAUGCGCCGUAUUUGUAUUUCUGUCAGCAGCAUAUGGGAGCCCACUGUCGAGGAUGAGGCGCUCAUCGACGUCGUCUGGCCAACAAGACGGGCCAUUCAGCAGGUGCUCCAACACGUCGUCGUUAACUUAUCCACAACUGUAUUAUCCUGCGACAAAUACUGUUCCUGUGCAUGCGUUUGAUACGAGUCUACGUUCACAAACUAACUACAAUACGGAGAGCGAGAUCCCAGACAAAGAAUGUCCAUACGACAAGGUGCCAACCGACUAUAGUCUAUCUGAGUCUGGUCUUUGUCCGUUUGACUUUUAUGAAGACUACCAAGCUGAUCGAAUCCCAGCCAAAAUUAUGAAAGCAAGGUGCCGACCCACCUGUACCACAUGCAUCGACCCUUUCUCCAACGCUCAGACGUCGACGAUGGCAUGUAAAGAAGUCAUGUACACAAUGAAAGCCAUGAAGAAAGUUGGCUGUGAGGGCAGUAUUGUUCAAUUUGAACAGUACGAUGAAAUCAUUCCCGUUGCCUGUAUUUGCCAAAGAACUGUGAGGCCGACGACCAACCCGGGUCCAGGUGGCCACUGUUAAAAAUAAAGGUGCAACUAAAGGUGCAAAGAUAGAAAAUGGUGCACAGCUUUGUCAAAAGCUAGCAUUAGUUACAAAACAUGUUCUGUUUGGGUUUCAUACCAGUGUUCGACACAGAAAUGUGGUGUAUAAUUACCUUGAAAAAUGUUUCAAUAUAGGCCAGCAUUAAUUUCUUUAGA